GUGGUGGAGGUGGCGGAGGAGGUGGUGGAGGCGGCAGGGGACGACAAAAUAGCUCCUGGCACAACAAUGACCAACCAACCAGUCCGCAACGCUCAUUUUUCUACUGGGAAGGUGGAAAACAUACCGAUGAACCUCCACCACCAUUGGCCUCUUCACCUGCUCCAUCGGCUGCCAUGCCUGAGCCAUUGCCACCUGCAACUUUGAAUGCACCGAUAUUGCCACCAGAGGAACCAAGAGUACCUGAGGAACCCCGUGUGCCAGUGAUAAAUAUCAAAAAAGAGAAGGAGCUUGCGGAACUCAAGAAAGACACCAAACCGAAAUCAAAUCCGGUGCCCGAACCGACUGCAAGGAAAAAAGAAGAAUCGUCUAGUUCCUCGAGUUCUGAUUCGGAAUCCGAACCGGAGCCGGGCGAAAUGCUGGAAAACAUCAAGGUUAAGCCAGAGAUCACAAAAUCCUCUCCGAAAUUGAAGAACAACAAAGCGACUGCAGUAGUCACGAAGUCUGUCUCAUCUUCCUCGUCUGAAGCUACCUCCUCGUCGGAAUCAGACUCUGAUUCCGAAGAUUCACCACCGCCAGCGAAGAGUAAGUCGUUAGCAAAGGAGAAGGAGUCUGCUGGGAAGUCCUCUUCCAAGAAGUAUAAGAACGAUUCGCCCGAGGAGGAUGUGGUAUGCAUGGGAAGUCAGGAGCGGCAGUUCACCAUCACAGAUGAGGAUGAGGACUCGGAGAGCAGCGAAGAGGAGGACAACAAGAAGAAUGCGUUGGAUAAGAGAAAGAGUGUAAAUAAAACCACUGAUGUUUGCGGGAUCUGCGAUAAGAGUGGGCACACCUCCUUCCAGUGCCAGAUGAUGUGCCGGAACUGCUCGGGCCGGUACCACGGUCUCAAGAACUGCCCGAAUCCGCCAAACCUUAACAUUGUGAUGCAGUCAUUUAUGGAGUUCAAUAUGCAACAAAUGGCAGCCUUCCGAGGAGAUCAACGAUUCAUCUUUCCCUCUGCCGUUGCAGCAGCUUCAGCUCCUUCGACUGGCAAGAGUCCAGUAGUCAAGGCCAAAAAGGAUAAAAAGGUUGUUAAGGUGGUCCAAAAGGCGCCGCAGAAGAAACUGAAAAUAGAGCCAAAGGACGAGAACGAAGACGAUGAGGAGGAGGAGAAUGAAUCAGACGCCAGCAGCGAAAACGAGGACGAGGAUACAGACUCCAGCGAUGAGCCGUCCGCCCAGAAGAAGCGGAAACGCAGCUCGAAGUCUGCAGCUAAAAAUAUACCUGCCCCCGUGUAUCCGUUUCCGCUUCUAGGCGCUCCCAAUCCACUUUACAACUCCAUGAUGUAUCCCUAUGCAACCCCAUUUAGUUUCCCUAAAUAAUAAAUUUUAAGAUAUGUAGCUAUCAAAGAUCCUACAAGCAUUAACUUCCAACGUAA